AUACCUUUGUGCCUGGCCUGGGCUCUUACUGUACACAAGAGUCAAAGUCAGAGUCUCAAUAAAGUCAUCAUGGAUCUGGACAAAGCUUUCAUGAAUGGCAUGUACAUAUAUGUAACAUUGUCUUGGACUAAGUCCAAAGAAGGCCUUGAAAUCAGGCACUUCAAGGAAGCUAGAGGAAGUGUAAUAGGUCAUUGA